GUUGAUUUAAACCUCUCUGAUAUUCUCAACACAAGGUACUGUCAUGGCAAUGCAAAUCGAUAAGAAAACUUCAGAGAAGUUUGAUGAAAUCUGGGCAUACAUUGAAAGUGAACUCAAAACGCCUGUCCCAACCUAUUUUAAAUAUAUUUUGAGCUAUUGCGGUUUCAAUAAUGCAGUUUCAAUCGCCUCAAUAGACGACGACGAUAUUUCACAUUUUGUCAAGGAGGUCCGAAAGGGAAACGUAAGCAAAUAUUUCAGACCGCUUAUCGGAGACAGAGAUGUGCUGGAAGGAUCAACACAAACUGUUGAAAAUUUUGAAUUUACUCGUGGCCAUCUGAAGUAUCUCAAGCAUAUUGUCAUGUUUCUCAAAGAAAACUGUAAAACAACGUCAAAGUCCAAGCCGAAAACAAAUAGUAAACAGUCAGAGUGGAAAGCCGAAUUGAGUCUAUCUGAAAUGGAAAAAGACAUUGAAAAACACAGGCAAAUUUUGUGCAAGAAGUUGGUCACAACCUUAAAAUCGCUCACGAAGAAGUUAUAUAACAUUAAUCGCACGGACAUAGAAAAGAAGAUUCAAAACAACCAGUUGGUGUCGGUCGAAAUCAAACAGUCCGAACAACUACAUUCAGAGAAUUCCACUCAAGGUUUCACUAAAGAGCUUUCGUUUAAGUUUACUGCCUCCUCGUUUUGCCCAUACUGUUCCAAGAAAGUCAACGUGUUCUGGAUAUCAAAUAUGAAGUGGAAUUCCUCAAACUUUGAUCGUCAUCUUAGUUUGGUUCAUCCCAAAACAUACAGCGAUUCGGAAGAAGAUGCUAGGGAAGUUACCACAUAUGAAAUUCCAGUCGCUGCGGUCAACACUGCAACAAAUACGACCGGCGUCACUCCACCGGACGUGCUAUCCGGUGCAACUGCUAACGAAAUGGACAAGCCGUUAAGCUUGAUAAAUGAGAGUGACGAGCCACUUGAUACGGCUGAAAAGAAUGCAAAAAGAACCGAUGCGAUCGAAAUGUAUGGCCAACUAAUAAGCAUGAUGCAAAUGGAUAACAUGCGAAGCGAUGUGACCGAAAAGAAACUAAUUGCGACUAGUACGGCCAAAGCGAUUGGCAAGGGAAACGACGCAGUUGAUGCGAAUGUUCAAAUUAAUGCUCCAUUCGAGAUGAAAUCCGGCGGAGGAAAUGUUGAGCGUAUUUCCUCAUGUCCAAUCAAUAUUGUUGGCUAUUCGGAUUCUGAGGAUUCUUUUGAUGACGCAUCUAAAGAGAUGUGUGAUCAAUGUGAAUCGCUUUCGAUUAUUUCUUCUGUAAUUAAACCGGAAAUGUUGACAUGCAGAGUUGAAGGUAGCGGCAAAGCAUUUUUUGUUAUGAAAUCAGAUCAAUGAUUGUCAGUUUUUCCUACUUUCGGUGAAUUCAUGAGCGUAAAUUUUCUUUCUGCUUUCUCGUUGACUAGAUACAAAGCCAAAGUCAGGAGACUUUGUUAUAUUCUCAUCAGAAAAUAGAGCAACCGAGAAGUGGCCUGAAGAUACCCCUGUAUUUCAGAAUUUUUUGGGUCAAGUUGUCCAAGGUAUAACAUUUCUUUUCAGCAUAGAGAUGACUUAACUGAGUUAAAUUACGAAAUUGUUUCUUUUUAAAAUUGAAAUCACUGGAUUCGUAAUUGCUUACACGCAAGUUAAACAAGUUAUUAUUUUAGAGAAUACUGUGGACUGUACGCAAAUUCAAAUUUUCACAAAAAAACGAUACUCUGAGUAUGUCUUCGACAAGACUGAAGACGUAAAAGCCGUCCCAUGUAGCAUGAUUUUGAAAAUUUUACAGGCUCCCUCACGAGACCGGCGUGGAAAAUAUGUUUUUAAAGAUAAAUCGAUAUUGGGAUAUAAAUUGAACUGAGCCAAUGCACUCCAAAGCUUCUUGGAGUGUGUUGACUGAGAUAAUAUGAAUUUUGAAUAUGUUCAAACAGAAUUGGAAAAAUUAAAAAUUUGAAGUUAAAGAAAAUAGAUGUUUGUGGGAAAAUAAAACUUUAGCAUUUCAUUCGCCGGGUCAAACUUUACGUUAUUUGGCCUAUGUGCUGUAAACAUUAAAACAUUAGUUUAG